AUGGAGAAGUUCGCACAGACUGUCUACUCUGAUGAUAUCAACACAAUUCCCCACUUUCUCCACCAAAUCCUUGAACCUCGCAUUCUUGGUUUUACUUUUUCAGAAGCUACAACUUCAGCAGAAAAUAGUGAGACCCAUGGGAGCAGAGGGACAACAGGUACCACCCGUGCACCUGUCAGAGUGACUGAGACAUCUGGGAGUUCCAGCACAGGAGUCCCCAAGGAAGUACCAGGCAGCCAAAGCACAAGAGGAAACACAGUGUGUCAUGGUCCACUGGGAGAAGAGAAAUCUCCGGGGGACACAUGGACGUCUAACUGCCACCAGUGUACCUGUACUGAAGCACAGGCUGUCGACUGCAAACCUAAAGAGUGUCCUUCUCCGCCCACCUGCAAAACUGGAGAGAAGCUGAUAACGUUCAAAUCGAAUGAUUCCUGCUGUGAAAUUGGCCACUGUGAACCAAGAACAUGUUUAUUUAACAAUACUGAUUAUGAGAUUGGUACAUCCUUUGAUGACCCUAGCAACCCAUGUGUCUCCUACACCUGCAACAGCACUGGUUUGGCAGCUGUGGUUCAGAACUGCCCGAAGCAAACCUGGUGCGCAGAAGGAGAGAGAACCUACGAUUCAAAGAAAUGUUGCUAUACAUGUAAGAGUGAGUGCAGAACUUCUCCUGUGAAUGUGACCAUUAGGUAUAAUGGCUGUAGGAAGAGAGUUGAGAUGGCCAGAUGUAUAGGAGACUGCAAAAGGACCCUCAAGUACAAUUAUGAGACCUUCCAAUUGGAAAAUUCCUGUGUUUGCUGCCGUGAAGACAACUAUGAAUACAGGGACAUUGCCCUCGAUUGCUCUGAUGGCAGCACCCUCGAAUACAGAUACAGGCACACUACAACCUGCUCCUGUCUGGACCAGUGUGAACAGUCUACAGACAGCCAAUAG